AUGGUUACUCGGAUGGAUCAGUUGUAUGACACUCAGUACAGAUCCGUAAGUCUCACUUAUGGCAAAUGGCUACUCUCGAACUUCAGUAAGCCCCUCAAACUACGUUUCGACGUUAUCCACGACCUAGUUCCGGACGAAUUGCAGAUGAAUGCAGUGCGAGCGGCCUUCUAUAGCAACCGCAGGAGGAUCUUUCUGCUUGAACAGCCACCGCCACCGAUCAACAAAGACAAUCUGUUCUCGGAGUUGCUUCAUAUCAUCGCAAUUUUCACAAAUGGUCGCCUCCAUCAAGUGCAAUUAGGAGCUCUCACACUUGAUGCAUACUUGCUGCAUGCGUCAGAAAGGAUCAGCAACGAUUAA